CCACCAGCGCCAUUGUCUGCCCCACUGUCCCAGCCAUGGCAGGGAGUUCUAACGUGCCCCACAAGACCUCGCUUCCUGAGGGCAUCCGAGUGGGAACUGUUAUGAGGAUCCGUGGUGUCAUCCCAGAAAAGGCUGGCAGGUUCUAUGUGAACCUGCUGUGCAGCGAGGCCCCAGGGAGUGAGGCCGCCCUUCACUUCAAUCCGCGCCUUGAUGAGUCCGCUGUGGUCUUCAACACACUGGAGCAGGGCACUUGGGGCCGAGAGGAGCGCGGCUCAGGCAUUCCCUUCCAGCACGGGCAACCUUUCGAUGUGCUCCUCAUUGCCACGGAAGAAGGCUUCAAGGCGGUGGUCGGCGACUCGGAGUACCACCACUUCCGCUACCGGAUCCCGCCGGCGCGCGUGCGCCUCUUGGAGGUGGGCGGGGACCUGCAGCUGGAUUGCGUGAAGAUCUUCUGAGACCCCCCACCCCGAGGGGCUGGGGGCGCUGGGGUUCGGGAAUGGCAAAUAAAGUUUCAGCCCACGUCGGUGCGCCUGCUCCGUGUCUGUGUCUCCUGCGUCCAGACGCGGAAAGCAGGUUCAGAGAGGGGAAGACUCCCAAGGGUCCCACAGAGAUUCCGCGCCGAGGCGGGGUGCGGGACCCGCUGUGGGGGGCCGGUGUGUGGCUGGUCGGGCUCUGGAGGGUCGCGAUCGGGUGGGGCUGUGUCUGGGGUCGUCUUCCAGCCGCGCUGGGCAGAGCUGCCCAGGGCAGUGCGGGUAGGGGGACCUGAUGGGGUUCGGAGCGGGCGCAAGCUCGGCCUGGCGCCUCGUCUGCGGAGCAACGGGGCUCGGUGUGCUUGCAUCUGCACACAGGGGUUGCGAGUCUCCGCACGCCUGGUCCCUUGGAGAGCCCGAGCUGGCGGCGACGCGGCCUGGGACCGCUGUGGGUGCGGGGAGCCGGCUGGCGCGAGGUGGGGCGGGACAGCGCACGGGGCGUCACCGGCUUCCCCGCUGUCCCAGACUCGGGACUGGCCCCUGCAUGUGCGCCCCAAGGCAGACGCGCACUGGAGCUGCAUCUACCUGCGGAGCGGACGUGGGUCAGGACGAUCCGGCGUCUGGGUCCCCGCUGCGGGCAUGCGCCCCAUUCCCACACUUCUUCCACCCGGGCUCCUGCACGGCUCCGGCCACCGGCUCCUUGCCGAAGUGACAACAGGGUGGGAUCGGAGUAGUUUACGCCCCCACACAGACGCCCAGUCGCCCCCACCGCUAGGCGGUGCGUUUCUGAUCCGAGGAGGUGGCUGCUCGUUCCUUAAUGGCUGUGGUUGGAGGGAGGUCAUGACUCCGCGACCGCGACACUCUGCAAUGGCCGUGUCCUAAUUGUGAGAUAGUUCGGGUCGGCUGGCAAGGUUCGCUCACUGCGGUUGGGGUCCUGGCGGGGAGUCUGGGCAAAGUCGGGAGCCAAGCCUCUGGAGGGUUUUGCCUGCGGCUUCCGGCCUGGGAUCCCUUGGAGAUGUAGAACACGUCGCCUCCCUGUGGCCUCUGCCGGUGGUGCAAUAUCGUUAAUGGGCGUGGGAAGGAGGGUGCUUUUACUUUAGUUUCCUCUGAAGAUGCAGAAUUCUGUGUGAUCUCCAAAUCUGGAUGAAUUCGAAUCCUUUCAGAACUGAACUUUCUCUGCACUUCCGAGCUUCAACGUGGAGCAGCCCCUCUCCAUUCUGGGCCCUUCUUUGUAUAUUUAUGGGUGGGCUCUGGCACCUUCGGUCUUCCUCUCCCAGUGGGAGACCUUAGAAAUCUAACAUCCAUUGGUACACCAGGGAUCUUUGUUAAAUGAAUUAAUUUUUAUUUCAUUUGUGUCAUGUAGUUUUUUAACAUUUAAAAAGAAAUUUGUACCUACCCAUUGGGUACAAAUUUGGAAAAGGACAGUGA